GCAUAAGAGGGUGGGUUUGACAUUUGACAUUUCAUCAAUUUGAUUUGGCAUUUUGGCAUGCAGAAAUAAAAUUAUCUUGUCAAUAAAUAAUCAGAAAUAUUGAAAGUAGAAUCGUUCUAAAUAAUUAGAAAUUGAAAGUAGAACAGUUUGUUCGUUUUACUAGAUAGUAAAGAGUUAAAUAGACAACAGGACGCUGUUAAAAGAAUUUUCGAAGCAUUUCAACAUUAAAAAGAGUGAAGAACAUUGAGGAUAAAAACUCACCACUGGUAAAAUGGACCCUUGGGACUAUUUUCAAAAAUUUCAAGCGCAAAAUUCAGAGUCGGAAAAUCCCAGUCAACAAGGUGCUGGCGUUAAAAAACAACGGAAGCGACCACCUCCUGGGGAAAGACGAAAGGCAAUAAUAGAGAAAGUGUUAGCCGCAAAUAGCGCUUUAUUAUCAGAAACUGAAAAGAAAGUAGUGGGUUCGAUAUUUAGUCAAUCUGACGGUCAAUCGACAACUUGUAUAAGAGAUCCUUUUAAACGUACUAACUUUGCUAAUUCUGCUAUUUUGAGAAAAGACCCGGUAAUUAGAGAGUGGUCUGAAAUUUAUGGAAAAGCAUCAAGGACCUAUGAUGACAAAGACAGAAACAGAAAAGCGAGAUAUGAAGAAGAUCGCAACGGAAGAUAUUGUUCUGGGACAAAGCAACCUGAAACGAUGGCUGAGUCAUUUUCAAGAAAGGAAUCGAAUAUGUAUCGUAGAACAAGCCCUUUGGGAUAUGAUCGUGCUUCGAAUUCAUAUGGGCAGAUACCUUCACGCGAAAUGAAUACUUUCGGCGGCGAAAGAAGUCAAGUACAUCGUGAUACCCGCGGAAGAAGCCCUUUCACGAGUGAAAGAAGUCAACAGCACCGAGCAGAUCGUAGACGGAGUCCAGAAGGCAUCGGAAGAAAUGACAUCCGCCGUGAAACUCAUGGAAGAAGCCCUCCCACCAGUGAAAGAAGUCGCUUCGGACAUGAAACUCGUGGAAGAAGCCCUCCCACUAGCCAAAGGAAUCGCUUUGGUCAUGAAACCCGUGGAAGAAGCCCUCCCACUAGUGAAAGAAGUCGCUUUGGUCAUGAAACCCGUGGAAGAAGCCCUCCCACUAGUGAAAGGAGUCGCUUUGGUCAUGAAACUCGUGGAAGAAGCCCUCCCACCAGUGAAAGAAGUCGCUUCGGACAUGAAACUCGUGGAAGAAGCCCUCCCACUAGCCAAAGGAAUCGCUUUGGUCAUGAAACCCGUGGAAGAAGCCCUCCCACUAGUGAAAGAAGUCGCUUUGGUCAUGAAACCCGUGGAAGAAGCCCUCCCACUAGUGAAAGAAGUCGCUUUGGUCAUGAAACCCGUGGAAGAAGCCCUCCCACUAGUGAAAGGAGUCGCUUUGGUCAUGAAACCCGUGGAAGAAGCCCUCCCACUAGUGAAAGAAGUCGCUUUGGUCAUGAAAUCCGUGGAAGAAGCCCUCCCACCAAUGAAAGGAGUCGAUCGGGACAAGAAACUCGCGGAAGAAGUUUUCUUGAUCGAAAUAGAAGCUCGGAUAAUAUCCGAGAUGCCAAAAAUGUGUCAAGGGAAAGGGGAACGCGUAUAGAUGAGAGAAUAGAUUUUAGAGCACCACGAGAUAAUCCUUAUGAGCCAGAUAGAAUUGAGCGUUAUCAGGAUAGAUCACGUUAUCCUGGUGAAGAUAUUGCAGCUUCUAGUAACAGUGAGGCUGAAUUAAGAUAUGGUAGAGGUGUUGGUGGUAACUACAACGCUCUUAUGGAUAACCAGAAUCUGGAUUAUAUCAGAGAUGAUAUUGACUUAUAUGCAGGCGAGCAUGAUGUGCCCUACUAUAGAGAUGAGAUGGAAGACAAAAAUAGAUCACUUCAAAUGGAGCUAGAGAAUAAGACGAUAGUUGUUCCUGAACACUUUCCACGCAAACGAUUCACUGCAUUUACAGCAAAAAUUUUUGAUGGUUUGGUAUUGGCACACAUCGCAAGUGUUAUUCCAGAAGGAAUGCUGAGACCACAAAUUGAACAUGGUGUUUUCACAGGGGGAGCAUAUGUCAUCACGACUAAAGAUCCGUACUCGAAAGGAUGGCUUGAAGAUAUGAUUCCGAAGUUAAAGGGACAUCAAGGUACCAGCAUGAGAGUCGCAGACAUAAAAGAAUUAUCAGACACAGCAAUUAAGACCAUGAUGGCUCCAAAAGCUCCAACUCCUGCAGCAGCUUCAGCUCCUAAACAAGUAAUUAAAAAAGUAUCGACUACGUCAGUUAUAGCGGUGUUAUGGCUUCGCCAAAAAAAGUUUACUGAUAGUCCAGAUGUUGUUCUUUCAAAACUAGCAACCCAAAAUCCAGGUCUGGUCACGAGUCACUGGAGCUUUAUGGUUCAACAAGGCAAUAGAAAAAAAGGGCUGACGAUGCAAUUUAAGAUAAACACCAAAGAUGUUACGUCUCUACAGAGAAUCAAUAUGAGACCCACUCUUGACGAUAAACAACUGAAAAUUACAAUUAGACCAUUAAAAUUUACAGUAAAGGUGAAGAAGUAGGAUGUUCUGAAAGAAAUCGUCGAUUUCCAGCCCUUGUGGGUAUGAAGCUUCAAAAUUGAAGACAGAAGAGUUAGUUUUAUUUAAGUAAAAAUAAUUAAAAUUAUAUUAUGAAUUUUUUUGUGUUUUGAGUUUACUUUGUACUUGUAUUUAAAUAAAGAGUUAGGGUGAAA